UUUUGUUAGUGUACAUCGUUAGCAAUACCAAGCAACCUGUAUUAUAGAGAUUUUUGUACAUAAUGUCAAAAAACCAAGUCCCUCACCCAAAAUAUCUUUAUAAUCCAGGUUUCUUGGUAUUGUUAACUUGUACUUAAGAUUCAAGAACUGAGUUCAGCUUUCUCCAGUCGAGCGCACACAAAAUCUUCAUUCUCAGUCUCCCCAUGUCUGCCACGCUAUUUCUCUCCCCUCCUCCUCUCUCUCUCUCAAACAACCCCCAUUUCCUUCACAAUCCUAUUAUAAUUUCCGACUCAUACUCUUUAAACCCCAUUUCUCUCGUAAACCCAAAACCAUUCCGUACCUCCAAGAUCGUCAAUUCACUCCCAUUCAACUCCUCCACCACCAACAACAACAAUGAUGAAUUGGAAAACCCAGAUUUCUCUUCUUCAUCAGAGCCCUUUUCGCGUGCUGUUAAAAUGCCCACGCCUCCAUGGAUGAGGGUUACUCAAGUCACAGAACUUUCCAAACCAAGACACAAUAAUAACUCGUUCAAUGGCGGAGAUGGGACACCCGAACCGUCAUUGACGGAGAAAAUAAGCGGAGGAAGGGGCAAGAAAGCGAUGGAAAAUAUAGUACAGAGCAUUGAAAAACUUCAAGAAACCCAUAGAUCAGAGAAAACCAACAAGAAAGAAGACGAGUUUGAAUUUGGGGUUUCCUUGGAACAGUUUUUGGGAGAUGGGGACUCAAGAAUUGGCGGGAAAAUGCCAUGGUCGAAGGACGAGAAGGUGGUGUUUCGGAGGACGAAGAAGGAAAAGGUGGUGACGGCUGCCGAACUGAGUCUUGAUGGAGUGUUGCUUGAGAGAUUGAGGGCUGAGGCUGGAAGGAUGAGAAAGUGGGUGAAAGUUAAGAAAGCUGGGGUGACUCAAUCGGUUGUUGAUCAGAUUCAUUUCAUAUGGAAGAACAAUGAACUUGCCAUGCUCAAAUUAGAUAUGCCAUUGUGUCGGAAUAUGGACCGGGCAAGAGAAAUUGUUGAGAUAAAGACUGGAGGCUUGGUUGUAUGGUGUAGGAAAGACAUACUUGUUGUUUAUAGAGGACGCAAUAAUCAGUUGACUCUGAAAGCUUGUCCAGAGGUGUACCCCUGUUCUGCUGGUGGUCAAAAAGCUUAUUCCUUGUAUGACAGAUGCCAUAUUUUAGAAGAUAAUGUUGCUUCUUCUCAAGUAAAAACAAAUGGAAAUGUUUUGAAUGAACAGAGGAGUAGAAGGGAUGGACAUGAAGAGAAUAUACCAAUAAAUGGGUCACUGUUUGAGAGAGAAGCUGAUAGGUUGUUGGAUGGCUUGGGACCUCGUUUCAUUGAUUGGUGGAGGCCAAAGCCUUUGCCGGUAGAUGCAGACUUGCUUCCAGAAGUGCUUCCUGGAUUCAGGCCUCCAUUUAGGCUUUGCUCACCUCAUGCUAGGUCAAAGCUGACUGAUGAUGAACUGACAUACUUGAGGAAGCUUGCUCUCCCUUUACCCACCCAUUUUGUCCUUGGGAGAAACAGAAAACUUCAAGGCUUAGCUGCUGCCAUCUUAAAAUUGUGGGAGAAAUGUCAUAUAGCAAAAAUUGCUGUGAAAUGGGGAAUUCCCAACACCAGCAAUGAGCAAAUGGCAUAUGAGCUCAAGUGUCUCACAGGAGGAAUACUGUUACUGCGAAACAAGUUUUUUAUAAUACUUUAUAGAGGUAAAGAUUUUCUCCCUCUGACAGUUGCAAAUAUAGUAGCAGAAAGAGAAAUGGAGCUUAAAAGGUGCCAACUUCAGGAAGAAGCUUUACGCCUAAAAACAAUUGAAACUUUUUAUGCAACUGAUGAAGCAUCAGUGAACACUGGCACAGCUGGAACUUUAUCAGAAUUCCAGGACAUCCGAACAGAAUGUGGGGACCUGAAAAAUGAAAAUAGAGAGUCUGAGCUUCAGUUGGAAGCUGAAAGGGAGAGAUUAGUAAAAGACCUGAGAAAUCAAGAGCGCAAGCUUUCCAUUCUUAAAUCAAAGAUAGAGAGAUCAGCAAAAGAGUUAUUAAAAUUAAAUUCUGCAUGGAGACCUUCUGAGCAGGACGCAGACCAUGAAACGAUAACAGCAGAGGAGAGGGAAUGUUUUCGAAAGAUAGGAUUGAAGAUGGAUAGCAGUUUAGUGCUUGGAAGGCGAGGGGUUUUUGAUGGUGUGAUAGAAGGUCUACAUCAGCACUGGAAGCACAGAGAAACAGUCAAGGUGAUUACAAUGCAGAGAAUGCUUUCACAGGUCAUUUAUACUGCAAAAAUGCUAGAAGCAGAAAGUGGCGGAAUACUAGUUUCAGUGGAUAAGAUGAAAGAAGGCCAUGCCAUAAUUAUUUACCGUGGUAAAAAUUACAGACGCCCUCCAAAGUCGGUGCCUCAGAAUCUCCUGACCAAAAGAGAAGCAUUGAACAGGUCUCUUGAAAUGCAGAGAAUUGGAUCACUGAAGUUUUUUGCGUAUCAGCGACGGCAGGCAAUCUCUGAUUUGAAAGUCAAACUGGAAGAGUUACUGAAGAUCAGUGGAAUUAAUCAAAGAGAAUCUGAGAAAUUCACAAGCAUGAGCUAGCCAGUGAAUCAUGUCAUAGAUCCUCCUUAUUUGUGUGUUUCUUGACUGACAAAAGGAUGUGGAUAUGCGAAUGGAGAAUAGUUUCUAACGUCUUAGACACCAAAUAACCCUCCAAGCAGGGAUGCAGUGACCUUAUCAAGAUGGCUCCUGAACCUUCCAUCUAUUGCAGAAUUUGCAUUCACACUUUCUCUCCCGCCAGAAACCCUUCUAUGAAGAACCUUAUGUAAACACCAAAAUUGAUGAUAUCUCUUAGGGAAAGGGAAGGGAUAAGAUUAGUUAUGAGGGAAAGCGAAGGGAAGGAUAAUUUUAACCCUCCGUUGUGUUUGGUUGGUUAAUGAAGGAAAAGAAAGGAAAGGAUAAUAAUUAUGUUUGGGAAAAGAAAGAAAAGGGAAGGAUAAUAAUAAAUUUACUAUUAUACCCUUAUUAUAUUUUAAAAGAGAGAUAUAUAUAUAUAUAAUCUCUUAUAUUUUGCUACAAAAAAAAAAAAAAAAAAAAAAAGAUUAGGGCAAAUCAUUUCAGCCUCCAUCUCUAAUCUCGUUCUCAUAUCUGAACUUGCCCUCUCCUCCUCUCUCUCUCUCAAAUCAAAACCCACAUCUUUCAGUUUCCAUCGCUGUUCCAAUUCGGGUUCGCCAUCGCCGUCCGCCUCAAAAAAUCAAGACCCACAUCUUUCAGUUUCCAUCGCUGUUCUACUUCUGCAGCUAUAGGUUUGCACUUUUACCCGAUCUGGGAAGCGGCAUCUGUUGAUGAAUGGUUAUACAAUGGUGGUCCUUAUGAGCUAUCGCUGUUCCAGUUCGGGUUCGCCGUCGCCGUCCGCCUCAAAAAAUCAAAACCCACAUCUUUCAGUUUCCAUCGCUGUUCCAGUUCGGGUUCGCCGUCCACCGUUCGCAAGCUUCCCGCGCUGAAUACAUGCCCAAUAUCAAGUGCAAUUUUGAGGGUAAAAGUGGCAUGACAAAUAUUAUAUGAGCCAUUGCCUGCCAUUGCCUUCCCUUUCCUUCCUUAUCCUCCCAUUUUUGGAAGGUUAAAGAAAUUACUGUACAUUGUUAUGAAGAACCCCUCCAAACCCUUCCCUCUCCUUCCCUUUCCCUCCACUCACCUUACCCAAGCACAAUUUUUUUAUAACCCUCCAUCACCUUCCCUUCCCUUUCCCUUCAAACCCACUCUACCAAACUGAGCCUUAAGCUCCAGUUUGGUAACGGACGAUGAAAUUGCUUUCCCUACUCAAACAUGAGAUAUAACCAAAGAUUAAUACCAACAAGUCAAUGAAUUAUUUUCUUUGAAGAACGAGUCAAAAUAAUAUCAGAUAGCCCUUGAUGAGCCAAGUCGAUAUCAGAAUUGGCGAAUAUGUUCACAAUAUGGCUGGAUGCAUGACAGUUAUGCAUCAAAGGGAUUUCACUUCAACUCAACAAAGACGUUUCCCAACUACUCUUGCAUUAAAGGGACAUGGCCACAUGGGAGCCAAAAAAGGAGAGGAAUGGAGCUUUUCUUGCUUUCGGCAUAGCAGGCCCCUGUGGGAGGCUCCCAUUACAUGUUAUUAGCUCAGUGGUAGAGUGCCCCUUUGAUUUGCAUUAUUGUGCCUGGGUGGUGAGGGCCCUUAGCCACAAAAACAGUUAAAUGUGCUCGUCAACCCACGUGGACCAUCGGAGCACAUAGCAUGUGGCACACUUUUUCCUUCUUGAACCAAGGUUUGAAACCAAACUUCUCCUGAUGGAGUGAUUCAAGAGCUGCCGGUUGUUAAUCGACUGCUUGUUGGUAAAGAUCCUAUUUGAAGAGAUUUUUGAAUUAUUCUUCACUCUAUUUUGAAUCACAAACUCUGUUAAGCCUUAUGGCAUGGCAUUCACACACUUCUCGUAAUUACACCAUUCAAGUUUUUUUUUUUUUUGGUUC